UUGACCAUGAUGACAUAGGUCGUAGUUCUUCUGCGGAGUUUGAUAAACCCUCUAAACAUGAAACUCUGCUCUAUGACAAAAUUGACAGUACAAUUCCAUUAAGAGAGAUUGAUCCGCCCAUUCGAGAUUCUCCUGAGAGCCCAGAUCCAGAGCCACAAUUUUUUAAGCCUAGCAGCAAAGAGCAAAGCGGAUCUGCUCUAAUUGAGGAAAUCAGAGAUCCUAUGACAUAUAACAGUGUCUCAGUGCCAUCUGUUAAAGUUGAAAAUAAUUGUCUGUCUAUCAGUGGGCAUGGAUCAUUUUCCAAUGCACUGGGGCCUACUCCAAUAUCAGCUGUUUUACAUUUCGAUUGUACAGCUCAAAUAACACUGCAUCAAGUGGAAGGACAUUCAAAUCAAGCUACAGGCUCAGAUAUUCAGAGCUCAGAACCAAUCAUGGACCCCAUGAUAAAGUUUCCAGAAUUGAGAUUUCCAGGGCCUGACAUGAAUGGUCCAGGCAUGCUAAAUACUAGAAAAGUUGAUUUCCAACAACCCAAUUCUGAUAGCAUCAUUCCAGGAACAAGUAUGCAAGGUUUUGGCAUGAGGGGUUCGGUGCAAGAUAAUGAAAGUUCUAGUAUGCAUGGCUUGAAUACAAAAGAAAAAGGACAGAGUUCUCAUUUAAGACACAGUGAAACUGAAAUGAGAAGACACAUGCCUAUAGCAGCAGCUACAAAUUUAGAUAAGGGUAGAUCAGGCAUACAGAAUCAGAUGAGAGAUCCAGAAACAAGUGAGGCAAGUCCAUCUUUAAGGUUCUCAGAAAGAGAAAGUGGUAGGUCCAAUAUGUCCUGCACUGAACAAGACAGUAAAGGGUCUAGAGAACAUUUAAAUCGGCCAAAGUCCAAUGUUAAUUCUGAAAUAGGAAUGCAUGGCACCGACAUGAGAGAACCAGAAACUAUACUUAAAAACAUUGGAGAAUUAAGUCCAAACAGGAGAGAAUCAGACAUGCAAUUAAGAAAUCCACAGGGUCAGUGGCUAGAGGAGAGAAAUGAACAAAUGAUUCAAGGAAAUAGAGGUCCAAUGAAAAACAAUACUAAUUCAGAUUGGAGAGGUCCAGGCCCUGAUAUGAGUGGUCAGACAGGUCAAGAUAAAGGUCAGAGUCUGCAUAUGAGGGGUCCAGACUGGAAUGAUCCAGGAACAGACAGGAGAGAUGAAUGGAGAGGACCAGAGAGGAGGGGAUCAGGUCCAGUCAGAGUAGGGCAAUUUAUGCGAGAUGAAUGGAGAGUCAGGCCUGAUUGGAGAGGUCAAAACAGAGACCCAGGGGCAUGA